AUGGAAGUUUAUGUGGACGACAUACUGGUCAAAAGCAAGACCGCCAAUCGGCAUCUACACAACCUCUCCCUCAUGUUCGACAUCCUAAAGAAGUAUAACACUCUCCUCAAUCCAAACAAAUGUGUCUUCGGCGUUUCCUCUGGCAAAUUUCUAGGCUUCAUGAUCAGCCAACGAGGCAUUGAGGCUAACCUUGAAAAAAUCAAGGCAUUACUCGACAUCCAGUUUCUCACUGGACGCGUCACCGCCAUAGCACGAUUCACAUCAAAAGCCAUCGACCGAUGUGCCCCCUUUUUUAAAGCCCUCAAAGUGAGUAAGCGACAGAUCUUCUAG